AUGGCUUCAGGAUCAUCUUCAUCAUCAAUGUCUCAUCUUGUUGCUCCCAUGAAGCAAACUGAUCCAAAUACAGAUGUUGUAAUAGCAGUAACUGCCACCACUCUACUGAAAGGAAACAGAUAUGUUUGUGAAGUAUGCAACAAAGGGUUCCCAAGAGAGCAGAAUUUGACACUUCACGGACGAAUCCACAAUCUUCCGUUCAGUCUCAAGACAAGAGCUCCAAAGCAUCCGGGGGCACGAAAGGUGUAUCUAUGCCCUGAGCCCACUUGCCAACACCACAACCUUUCUCACGGAUUAGGAGACUUCGGUGGUCUUAAGAAACAUUAUUUACGGAAACAUUGUACUCAAAAGAAUUUUCAGUGUAAUACCUGCUCCAAGAUGUAUGCUGCUGAGACUGACUUGAAAGCGCAUUUAAAGGUUUGUGGUAAAAGGGGAUACGUUUGUCGUUGUGGUGCUCGGUUUGCUAGGGGUAACAACUUCUUUGCUCACCAACAAUAUUGUGCCACAAAAGAGCUUGAGGCUCUAGCCGGGCAUUCACCAACACUCCAGAUGGGAGACGGGUCACGCAAAAUCACUACCAAUAGCAACAACAGCCACUUCAUGGGCUCAACUACACCAUAUGCACCAACAUUUAACAUGGGGGAUAACUCAAUGGGAAGCACCAGGAAUGACAACCCGAACGGCCUCAUAGGUUUGUAUACAUCACAUCCGGAUCCUCACAUUUCUGCCUUCCAAAAUCUGUCCAAAUCAUACCAUUUUGCUACACCUGACCAGUCUCAGUUUUGUCCUUCUGGAAUAGACAAUGAAAGCCUUAUGACUAACCCUUCCAUCGGCUCAAACUUUUGCCAGUUAUUUCCUGAUACCUUUUCUCCAUUAUUACCUCACCAAAACCAACCUGAACUUCAAGAAGAUUUGGAUUCAAUGUUUUACACAGAUCUAGUAAUGGGCAAAAGCCCAUUAGACAAUGUGAACAUUAUGGGAGAUGGUUGGAAUAUAUAUGAAAAUGGGGAAGGAUCAAACACUAAUACUAUUAAUGGUGUUACCGUUGACCAGUCAAGCUCUUAUAACUUGUUACCAGGUGUACACAACACUAAUAGUCUGAAUGGGAUGCCAAAUUUUGUAUGUGGUGAGGGAUCCUCUACUGUCCACCAAGAAUUUGAUGGCAGUUAUGAUAAAGGAAGUAACUACGAUUAUGGUGAUUGCAGCGGACAGUCUGACAACGGAUAUGGAAUGGAAACGUCCAACUAUGAAACAUCAGCUGCAGCAGCAGGAACGGUAGCCCCAUAUGGACAGAUCUUGAACCAAUUCCGUGGAUUUUGGUUUUAA